AUCUUAUCUUGCAGUUGUAUGAGAAUUGACACAUUGUAUAAAGACAUGAUAAAAUCGCAUGUCGAACACUAUUUUUGCUCAGUUGGAUUUCGCAAAUUGGCUAAUUGGCAAAUAUGAGAGUGUUGGCGCCCGCUGUACUUUUUCUGUUUAUCGACAUAACUGUUGGCUUAGACUGCUUUAGUUGCCAACAUGUCAGGGAUCCUACACUUUGCCGUUCGAACAUCACGUGUUUAGCAAGCCAGUCUUGCUACCAGCAAAGCAGAUCAACGCCAUCCGGAAUCGUAUAUGACAUGGGCUGUAGGGAUGCACAAGUGUGCGCUGCACGUCUUACUGGAAAUUUGGUUGGACGAUCCGCAGAGAAACGUCAGGAUAUGAUUUGCCAUCAGUGCUGUUCAACCACAUUUUGUAACACACAGCUGUGUUUAAAACUUAGAUCAAACUCAUCAAGCAGUGGAAAUGACGAUGAAUUGCUUAUAAUGGACAACAGCAGUAACCAGGUCAUCUUCAUGGAUAUCCGCACACAAAAUUUUAAGGCUAUCAGUCUGUCGCCAACGUCCGUCAAUACUUCAAUACAACAUUUCGAUUACGAUCCUGUCUACAGAGACAUCUAUUGGGCAGACAAUGACGAACACAAACUAGUGAGGACAUCCGUGGAUUCCUUAAGCACGACGGAACUAUUAAGAUUGUCAUAUACCUCUGUCGUCACAGCAAUGGCAAUAGAUCCGGUAUCUCGACUUCUUUUUGUUGGCUCCGAUGGAACGGAUACUAUUGAUGUGGUGAGUCUGCCGACAUUGAAAAGGUCAACCAUUAUAGCCACAGAUAUAAACUAUCCAACUGACAUAGAGCUGGACAUCCGACAGAGAAAACUGUAUUGGAGUGACCGGUAUUAUAGUAAAAUUGAAGUGACAGAUUACGAUGGAAAAAAGAGGAAGACUGUUUUAGCCGGUCUUUCAAAUGUCUAUGGACUUGCGUUGGAUACAAAUAACAAUUUUAUUUACUGGGCCGAUGCUAAUACCCAAAGAAUAGAGAAGGUAAACAUUGAUGGCUCGCAACGACAGAACGUUACGAAAAUAAAUGGAACCAACUUUGUGUCGCUGGAGGUGGACAGAAACAUGCUUUAUUAUACUGACAGCAAUGCGAAGUCUGUCAUGGCGGUACCAGUGAGCGGAGGUGCUCCCCAUCUCUUCGGAAAGGAUGGGAUUGGUUCAUUGAUUGAUAUUAAAAAGAGUAAGGAUAUAGCCAGCACAUCAGGUUUGAGUAAUGGUUGCGCAAAUAACAACGGUGGUUGUGACCAUAUAUGCGUUCCUGUGCCGGAUACCACCAUAAUACGAUCAUGCUUAUGUACAGACGGCUACAAUCUGUCAUCAAAUGGCGUGACAUGCGUUGGGUUUCCAAUGAUGGUUCGGCUUGCUGGUUCAGGAAUAACAUACCAAGGUCGGGUGGAAGUAUCGAUUGACAACGGAGCGACUUGGGGGACUGUGUGUGACAACUACUUUGACUCUAAAGAAGCAAGUGUUGUUUGCCAAUCACUUGGAUUGUCCAGUGUGAACAGUACUGCUACGCUGAAUGCGUUCUUUGGUGCUGGUGUGUCCACGCAAGGACAACUAAUAUAUGGUAUUAAUUGUGGCGGCCACGAAAGUACGUUCGCCGAAUGUGGUCAUGAAGCAUUUGGCAAGCUCAAUUGUGGUCACUCAGAGGACGCCGGUGUUAUAUGUACACGAGAGGGCCCGGUAAGACUGGUUAAUUCCAAUUCCGCUGAUCAAGGGAGGGUGGAAGUCUUCAUAAAUAACGAAUGGGGAACGAUUUGUGACGACGGAUUUGAUUGGGUAGAAGCUGGGGUAAUUUGUGGAAUGCUGGGAUAUUCAAGGAAUGGGGCCGUGGCAGUAAGUUUUGGAUCAGGGUCAAACUCUCAACCGAUCCAUUUGGACAAUCUUGAUUGUGACGGCAAUGAGGAGACAAUCCUAGAAUGCAGGCACAAUGUCAUUGACAGAACAGACUGCUAUCACAAAGAAGACGUGGGAGUUGUUUGCCAAUCAGCCUUGCAUGCGCAGGUUCGCCUCGUUGGGAAUGGAUCAACCGAAUUGGAAGGCAGAGUCGAGAUUUCCCGAGAUCACGGGAUGUCAUGGAGUACUGUAUGUGAUGACUACUUUGGUAAUAAUGAAGCCAGGGUGGUAUGCAGAAUGCUAGGUUUCAGAAGUGACGUUGCUGGUUACUGGACUAGUUCGUAUUACGGACCAGGUUCUGCAUAUUCGUCGAUCCUUAAUUAUGACUGUGCCGGGGAUGAAACGUCCCUGUUGAAUUGCAAACCGAAAGCCGCGUCCUGUUCGCAUUCUGAAGAUGCUGGCGUUGUCUGCAACACACGAGAAGUAUUGCGCUUGGUUGGUGGAAGUUCGCCUUACGAAGGUCGGGUGGAAAUUUCGCUGGAUGGUGGCGUAACAUGGGGAACCAUCUGCAAUGACCUAUUUGAUCCGGCAGAUGCAGCGGUUGUCUGCAGUUUUCUCGGUUAUCAGAGAGUCGGCGCUGUCCCAAAAGCUGAUGGCUUCUUUGGUCCAGGCCAGUUGACCCAGGAGAUUCUACUCGACGACCUCGAUUGCAGAGGCAGCGAGGAAUCUCUCAUGGAUUGCACCCACCCAGCAGUUGGCUACAGCAACUGUAACCACAGCGAAGAUGUCGGCGUCAUAUGUCUUCAAUAAACAACAAAACAACCAGACCGCCAACCAGUUUUCCAUGACUUACAUCAAUAGGUGACUGCCACGGCAAUUGCAUCUGUACGUUAGACAGUGUAUUGAAAAGGCAAAAUAAAUUUUGUAUUGAUUAAAUUACCCGAAAUAAAUGGAAGCUUACUAUUC